AUGACGGCCCUAUCGACCAAAUCUGUGGUCACCGCUGUUUUUUUUUUGGACUAUGGUCGCCGCUGCUUAGGGAAACGACGGGAGCACAUCCUCGAAGGCGCCGGUGGUGGAGGCAAGCGAGGUGAACCCGAGUCCCAGCGCCUUGUGGAAAGAGGAGACCCGAAAAUCGCAGCGCGCGAAAACGCAGGAGCAACCCGCCCACUCGCCACCAUGGCGCCGCUCGUGCCGAUGUCGCAGCCAUGGGUGGAGAAAUACCGGCCGAGGCAGGUCAAGGAUGUGGCUCACCAGGAGGAGGUGAUUCGGGUGCUCACCAACACCCUCCAGACCGCCGACCUGCCGCACAUGCUGUUCUACGGCCCGCCGGGGACGGGAAAGACCACCACGGCACUCGCCAUUGCCUACCAGCUCUACGGUCCAGAGCUGUAUAAGUCGAGAGUUUUGGAGCUCAAUGCUAGUGAUGAUCGUGGAAUUAAUGUGGUGAGGACGAAAAUCAAGGACUUUGCUGCUGUUGCUGUUGGUACUGCACGGAAAGCUGGUUAUCCCUGCCCACCUUACAAGAUUAUUAUACUUGAUGAAGCAGAUUCAAUGACAGAAGAUGCCCAGAAUGCUUUGAGGCGUACCAUGGAGACUUACUCCAAAGUGACCAGAUUCUUUUUUAUAUGCAACUAUAUCAGCAGGAUAAUAGAACCACUUGCAUCGAGAUGUGCCAAGUUUAGGUUCAAGCCUCUUUCAGAAGAAGUGAUGAGCAGCCGCAUUAUGUAUAUAUGCAAUGAAGAAGGUCUUAAUCUUGAUGCUCAGGCGUUGUCCACACUGAGUGCCAUUUCUCAAGGUGAUCUUCGUCGUGCUAUAACCUAUCUUCAGAGUGCAGCUCGCUUAUUUGGAUCUUCUCUCUCUUCCAGUGACUUGAUCAGUGUUUCAGGGGUUAUCCCUGAAGAUGUUGUCAAGUCACUGCUUGCAGCCUGCAAAUCUGGUGAAUUUGACGUGGCGAACAAGGAAGUUAGCAACAUUAUAGCAGAUGGAUAUCCAGUCUCACAGCUGAUGGCACAGUUUCUAGAUGUGAUUGUUAGCGCGGAUGAUAUUCAAGAUGAUCAAAAGGCAAGGAUAUGUAAAAAGCUUGGGGAAACUGAUAAGUGCUUGGUUGAUGGGGCAGAUGAGUAUCUACAGCUGUUGGAUGUCGCCAGUGAGACUAUUCGUGCUCUUUUCAACAUGCCACAAACGCUGGUCUUCUAA